AUGAAGGCCGUAUUGCCGGGGAAGCCACGCUCGAGGCUCCAAGGGCUAGCCUCGGGUUACUGGGACUCCCGACACCUGAAUGUAUACAUCACGGGCGGCGCCUUUGCAAUCCUAGAAGGCUCCCAUACAAUCUUACAGACAGUCUACGAUGAAGGCGAACAACCCCUAGAAGCCAUCGCAUUUGACGAAGCAACAGGCAAGAUUGCUACGUGCACAUUGGCUCAAGUUCGUGUAUACAGGCCAUUCGGGUCGCGCGAAGACGCCUUAAAG